AUGGAACAAGAUAACAAUGCAAUGGAUCAGAACAACAAUGAAUCAACUGAACAUAGAAUAUUUCCAGAAAGCCUUGUGCUUUCCCAAGGAAACUCGGCAAGAUUGCAAGGCCGGGAAUCAUUAAAUCCAACCGGCCAAUUUACUUCUGCAACAUCUGGAAUGCUGAGAUGGGCAAGUAGAGGGGUGAGGCGAGCUAGAGCUCAUCCUGAGAUUUCAUCUCCAUCACCAUGGGCUGCCAUCCAAAUCAGAACGCAUGAGGGUAGAGAUGUUUCCAUAGGAUUGAGUGAGGAAGCCAUCUCUACUCAUCUCAGGUCACAGCAAUAUCAACCCCAACCCUCUACUUCGGAAGAAUCUAAUGUGGAAGCUGAAUCCUGUUGUAUUUGUCUGGAUGACUACAUUGUUGAAGAUAAGCUUGGACAGUUGGACUGUGGGCAUCGCUUUCACUAUGGCUGUAUUGAGAAAUGGCUCAUGAGGAGGAAUUCUUGUCCACUUUGUAAAAGGAAAGCUAUAAAAUUAUGA